AUGAUGCUGAUAAAGUGCAAAAUUCUUCCUCAUCUUCAUAGAUUGGCAGAUAUUGGUGCGGGUCGUUUAUUUCAUGCGACAUGCAGUGUGCUGGCGAAUCCUCUUACAUCCAGUGGUACCAACGUUUGUUCAAAACAGAAUUCAUCACCAAAAUUUCCGAGAACAAAUGCUGAAAAAUUAGCUCACUGCGGUUGUAUAAAUGACGCAUUGUGCGACGUCAGCGUCGAACAGUUCUGUGAACGCAUGAAAUUGUUUGGUAGCAUGAAGUACCUAAAUGCAUUGCGGAUUCUGAGAGAUGUUCGUUACCUAAAGACAGGUCGCUUACUUUUGAAGCAUUUAUGUUCUUCUUCAUCUUCACUACCAGCAUACACAGUGCUUGAAAUGGUUGAAAUGCUCGUUUGCAUCCACAUGGAAGGCGCCGCAGAAAGAGGUGAUGAGGAACUAUGGCGAAACUUAUUGCUCCUCGCGAAUAAAGUGCCACAUUUUUUGAAACCGACUGUUUUACUACUCCUGAAAUCAUGUUGUCCCGUGAAUAUUAUGCCAAAAUUGCCAUCAAACCUGAUGUUACGUCCUGUCGUUAUCACUGCCCUGUUAGCCAAUUAUGUCCGUUCCGGAAAAGUAACUCUCUUUCAAGCACUGCUUGCAAAAGAGACAGCCUAUGAUUUGUUUAAAAACGACCAGUUACUGCGAGUUCUCGCUUUGCAUACUAAUUCUCACUCAGCUAUUUCAUCUACAUAUUUGGAUUAUCUGUCAGGACGCAGUAUUACUUUAUUAGAUGACAAUAUAUGGCAUUUCAAUUCCAUCAUCCGUCAGUCAAAAUAUUGGGAUAUCAGGAACACGACUGUAUCGAAUAAUGGCGAUUGCUUUUUUUGUGGAGGAAAAUUUAAAAAAAAUGAGGAUUUGUCGGAAAUGGAAUUUGGCCUACUUAGAAGUGAAAUAAUGAAAUAUUUGUCUAAUGAUAUGCAGAUGUUCUCUAGUGCCACGGAUCAAGAGAUUUCCGAUUUAAGGGACCAUAUAAAGCGAAAAAUAAAACCUGUUGAAGAUCAGCAGUCAUUGGUUGUUGAUGCUCUGAAUGUUUUAUAUACAGGAAUUAAUAAUAUAAGAUCAAGGUAUGGGAUUGACGAAGUGUUGCAGAAAUCGUUGAAUAUAUUUGCUAAUGUGCUGCUUAUUGUGCGAAAAGGUGGUGACACGAAUCGUGUAUGGAAUGAACAUGAUAAGUUCUAUAACUCUCGCUUGUCAGCAUUCUUCUGCCACAGGAUGAGUAGCGAUGACUUAUUUGUACUGUUAGCAGUUAUGGAACUUGGAAGAAAUGCUUUCUUUUUGACAAACGACUUCUUUAUGAAUCAUCGCAAUAUGUUAACUACGUCGGGUCAAUCAUUGUUCGACAAGUGGGUAGAGAAAAGAGCUGUACGCUUGGAUGAUAAAGAUAUAAUUAUGCCUUCGAAAUUUGCUUCUUACGCUCAAAAGACAGAAAAUGGAUACCAUAUUCCCGUUAAAACAAUUAACAAAUCGAUUGCCUUACAUUCGUUCCUUUGCGUCCGAAAAAAACAUCCAAUAAGGCAUUAUUGA